UUAGGCUCUCUGCUGCUCUAUAUAAACCCACUCUCACUCAUUCUCCUCUUCACCCCAUACUCAAUAGCAUUUCUUAACUUCUCACUUCCUAGCUCAAAAAUCUGCUUCAGCCUAUUCUCUCUUUGUUUGAUAAACUUUAAGUACCAAUGGCCACAGCUGAGGUGGUUUCUGCACAGACUGCACUUCCAGAGGAGCAAACUGAAAAAUCAUUCAAAGCAGAAAAUCAGACUCCCACUGAAGAGGUAGUCACUCCACCAGCAGCAAAACCAGAGGAAGAACCUAAACCGGAACCGGCUGUCGAAGAUCCCAAGGUAGAAACAGCAAAACCAGAGGAAGAACCUAAACCGGAACCCGCAGUCGAAGAUCCCAAGGUAGAAGCAGAGGAGGUAGCUGAAGUACCUGAACAAAUUGAAGACCCAGUUGGUGAAAUAACAGCCCAAGUAGAGAAAAUAGAGGUGGCAACAGAGGAAAAGGUUGUCACUGAAGAGGCAGCAGUAGUGGAGCCAACAGAGAAACCAGUGGAGGAAACUCCAGAGCCAACUGUUAACGAGACAGACAAAAUCACUAGCUCUGCUGUCGGACCAGACCCAGAAGCUGCAACUGAGCCAACAAAAGAGGAAAGUGUGAAGGAGGAAGAGAAGACUGAGAAAGCUGAAGAGGACUGAAACAGAAGCCGCAGACCCAGUUGAAAAAACUGAGUAAUUAAGUUAAAAAGAGUGAAGUGUGGUAGAGUUUCUUCCUAUGCAGUUGAAAUAAAAGCUAGUUUUUGUAUUGGGCAUUGGAACUUCUUGAAUCUCAACGCGUUCAUGCUGUUUAGACUACUUAGGUUGUUAAGUUCCAAGCCCGAGUCCUGUUACUUUCGUUACGAUGCAUGUAUGGGUUGUGUUGGUUCUGAUUUCUGUUUGUGUAAUUUACAGUAUUUGAGUCGCUCAUGUUUUGCUCUCAGGGUGAGAAAAAGAUAUAAAGCAAUAACAAAAUUCUAGAUCCGAAUUCACCCAGA